CAAGAAGCGGGUCCAGCGAGCGGAAACAUUCGGCAAAAUAAUGAACGAUAGGCAAAAACUUAUAAUAGAUAACGCUAUCAAUCAUGGAAAUGAGUUAAAACAGCGAAUUUAAUGUAGUUUCAAUUAGUUUUUUCGAUCACUGUUGAUAAGUUGUAAGGGGCGUUGAUAGAUUUAGCAGUUUGUAAAAGAUCGCGCUAUCUGGCUAAUGUUAACGUUGGGUUAGUAACGUUAAAUGCGAUUGAACACUCCGUUGCUGGCUGAUAUAAAUAUUUGUUCCCGCUACGUUUAUAUCUUUCAUUUUAAACAUGAAGCCAGGAAAGCCGUUAUUUUUGAAGACAUAUGGUAAGGAGAGGCGAAUGCUGCCCGCUUGGAUCGUCCCUGAAAACCGCAAGCAGACCUUCGACAGUACACGCUCAACAGACGGCGACAGCUCCGUCGUUGAACCCGAAAAACUCUCGAGGAUAAGAGAGAAGAAGACUAGUGUCUGUAGGAAAAAGCUGCGUCCUGCCAAGAAAAAGGCCAUGCUAUGUCUGGCUGAGAAGAGCUUUGAUGAGGAGAAUACCUCCUAUUCCUCCUGUCCUCAGCCUGCUCAGCAGAGAAAGACAACCAGAGCAAAGAAGACUAGUGUUGUCAGUGGUAGAGCAGUCCGUUCUGCUAAGAGAAGAGCCAUGUUAUGUCUGGCAGACACCAGCAGUGAUGAGGAGAACAUCAGCAGGACCUCUUCGCCCAGCCCUCAGCCUGCCCAGCAGAGCAAGGCAACCAGUGGUCAUGGUCCUUCUCUGGGCCGCUUUGUAACCAGCCGCAGACGUGCUGCGAAACCCAAACUCCCUAAAAAAACGUUCAGUAAUAUACUCGGCUCUUCAGCUGACUUUACUUCGGGAGCAUUUAGUUGCAGUAAGAUUCUUCGGCCUUCUAGGAGGAGGCUCCCCCCAUCAUUUGUGUUGUCGAGUGCGGAGAACUCGGUGAAUGUUGAAGGGACUGCCGGCUUUGCCACCAACCCCUUCCGAGAGAUAUCCCUCAAUGAGUCAACAGAGCCCAUCCUCAGAGCCUGCCCCAGGAAACCCAUCUUUUGCUCGACACCCUCAGCAGGCUCCGUCAGCAAACGGCCACGCCUUUUAUCCUUACCUGUCAAUGAUCAAACUUCCACCCGUCCAUCGAUGUCAGUAAGUUGUAUAGGUGUCUUGAGCACAUUCCAAGAAGAUGUGAAUUCACCAGUGCAGCCUGUCUCCCCACCGUGUUCUGCAUCAUCUAUUGGGCUUCGUUCUGAGAAGAAGCCGCAAUCGAGCCUUGGUGAGCAAGAACCAGACCUGCAUCACCAUGAAGAACCUUCUUGUUAUUUGUUUAUGGAAUCCAAGAGCACUAACGAGAGAAGUAGUUGUCGUGAGGACGCCAAAAGCCACAGUGAACACUUAAAGACCAAGAAUGUUGCGGAAUUACCAAGUCUAAAUCGGCUCUCUACAGAUGACAGUGAAAGCAGCAAUCAGUUUGUGUCUGCAGCAGGAGGGUUAGAGUGGCUGAUCGACGCUCUGAAGGAGAAAUGUUUGAGAGAGCAAUGCACCGUGCGGCUGGAACGAUUUGACAACCUCACUGUGUCUCAGCUAUGCAGUCAAACGACCUACUCAUCCUGUUUGGGACUUUCAAGCUCAGCACACAGCCUGCAAACAAAUGAACAUCCACCAUCUGUGGACAGCUGUCAAAUUGUUGACCUUUCUCAGUCUUUGGAACCAUCAAACAUUAGAACCAGUGAUUCUGAACAUGCAGCUUCAGUGACUGACAGUCAAAGUGCUAACAAUUCUCCAUCAGCUGAAUACUCAAGCACACAGGAAUCCAUGGAGCAGCUAGCAUCAGUACUUUAUGGUGAAUCUACCCCCGACAAAGACAGCAGUGUUGAGUUUAUCAUGAGCACACAAUUACCUACUAACAGCUCAAAAGGUCAUACUAAGAAGAGUACAAUUCAGCUCAAAAACUCAGAUGCAAACAAGUCUGGAAAUGACGAUACACAUAACAUUGAGGACCCAGAAGAGUUUGCAUGUUCAGGAGAAAUCACUCAGAGAAUGAUGACGUCUGUUAGACGGUCAAUUAUCAACAGCAGUCCGGUAUUUCAUGAGCGAGAAACGAAAGAAAAGGCAGCGCUCACAACGUUUCUGAAGGAGAAAUGUCUAACUGACAAAGUCAAUGUUGAGAUAAAGAGAUUAUCAUCAUCACAACUAAGAGAAAGCCUGCAGCUCAAAGACGCACAGCUUAAAUCACCCACAGAUGUGUCAGACUCAGUCAGGGAUGACCACCAGUCUGAGAGGGACACUAAUCACCAUAAUAAAGAAACUUCUGCCAUUCAUUUCGAUAUGAAAAAGAGAGCAACAAUGGGCUUAACUAGAUCUGAAGACAAGAUCGCUUCAGACAAAGGAGAAGUAAAGAACUCUUGCAACGUUCUCCAAAAGGGAAAAAAGAUAUCUCUGGUUCCUAAAGAAAAGAAAAGGAGGAGCAUGUCUACGGACCGUCCUGGGACGACGAGGAAGGCAUGUGUGAGCGGUCUGAGUGUGAGUCGCUGGAAAAACAAAGGCAGCGCCAGCACACACGUGGUCAGGGGCAGUACUGCACAGACGGGCGGUAACAAGGCCGUGGACUGCAGCCUCAACGAGCUCAUCUCCACACAACACAAACGGCCAAGGGAGCCGUUGGGAAACAACAGGAAUUUCUCCACCCCGGUGAGAGCGAGUCGGCUCAACCUCUCGUCUCUGUUGGCUGACUUGACACCGAACACACACACCUGGAGCAGACUCAAAGCUGCCCUCUCUGUUCAUCGCAAGGGCAUGGUGCAAUUCACUCCGAGCAGUUUACGGCGGUCAGUGUCGGGCUCGCAUGCAAGAGCGGCAUUAGCGGAUGUCAGCCAGGACCUCUUUGCCACGCCCUUUCGAACACCGCGCCACAAACUCCUCCAGCCACAGCUGCUGAGCCGCGAUUCUCUGGUUGUGUGUGACGACGCAGAUCUGUCGGAUGCAGAGAAGGUGUAUGAGGAGUGUGGCCAGCCGCGCCCUCUACCCUGGGAGGAGUGCAUACUCCCUCGGUGCAUGAAACAGUGCGUGAAGAUAGGGGAGGGGACCUUCGGUGAAGUCUUCUCCACCACCAAUGCCUCAGGAGACACUGUUGCACUCAAAAUCAUUCCAGUAGAGGGCAGUGAGAAGGUGAACGGCGAGGACCAGAAGACUUUAGGAGAGAUUCUCCAUGAGAUUAUUAUUUCAAAGGAUCUGAGCAGCCUGAAAGAGAAGCAGCAGAACAAAACUCAUGGAUUUAUUGGACUCAACGAUCUCCACUGCGUUCAAGGCUGCUACCCUCCAGAUUUCCUGAAUGCUUGGGACACCUUCGACCAGCAGAAAGGCUCUGAGAACGACAGACCAGAUUUCUUUGAAAAGGAUCAGUUAUUCCUAAUCCUUGAGUUUGAGUUUGGGGGCAUCGACCUAGAGAACAGCAAUGGAACGCUGGCGUCGUUGGUCGUGGCAAAGAGCAUCCUUCAUCAGGUCACUGCUGCCCUGGCUGUUGCUGAGCAGGAGCUACACUUUGAACACAGGGACCUCCACUGGGGCAACGUGCUGGUCAAAACAACCAAGGAGAAGAAGGGCAGCUUCCUCCUGAAUGGAGCAGCACACUCUCUGGAAACUAAAGGGGUGUUGGUCCGCAUCAUUGACUACUCUCUGUCCAGACUAGAAAUCGAUGGUCUGACGGUGUCCUGUGAUAUCUCCAACGAUGAGGAGCUUUUCAUGGGCCAGGGAGAUUACCAGUUUGAUAUCUACAGACUCAUGAGACAGGAGAAUGGAAACAACUGGAGUAACUACCACCCCCAUUCCAACGUGCUGUGGCUACACUACCUGUGCUCCAAGCUGCUUUCCAUGAAGUACCGGUCCUCAGGAGGGAGGGGGGCCAAGGGCAUACGAGAGGAGCUCACUUGUUUCUAUGACAACGUCCUCCAGUACAGCUCUGCCACUGAGGCGCUGCAAAAUUGCUCCAUGUUUCAGUAGCAUGUGAGCGCUGAACGCUUGGAGUGUGAGGAUGCCCACAGUGCUUUCCAUAUGAAGAGGGAAUCUGGUGCAUCUGCCUGUCAUCUUUGAUGAGCUGUGACAUGUUAAGAUGUUUUUAUCCCCGUGUAGCACAACUUCAUGUACAGUCUUUACAGAACUGUCAUUUAAUAGGCUAUUAAAAUAACCAUUUGAAAAAUG